CUUUCCAGCGUCCAGCGUCGGCAGUAGUUGACGGAGUUAUUGGAGAUCCCUCGAUUGAUAUAAAUUCAAUUUGAUAUAAAUUCAUUUGUGCAAUUUUUUAGUUGAAAAUUUUUGUUUGCUCCGGUUUCAUCGUACACAGCAAAGAAAGGGAGGUAAAUUAUUAAACAUGAAGUAAUACUUUGAAUAUCUGUUUAAUACAAUAUGAGAAUGCAUGUAAAAUUUUUGAGGUUGUACAUAAUUGAAUUAAUAAUUAUAGAAUUUUCUUGUAAAAUGUGGAUAUUGUAAGAAAACAUGUUUAAAUAAUGAAGCUGCUCUUAUGUAUCUUGUAAAUAUGAGGACCAAUAAUACUCAAAAAUUCUUCGAAUUGAGUUGAAGACAUUCUAAAAUAAUUUUUUAAAUCGUAAAUCUUCAAGUUGUAACACAGUAAAUAUCUUAUUGUAAAAUCCAUGUAAAUUUUUUUCUCGAAAUAUAGGUUCAAUCCAGUAUCGUUUUGGAGUAUACGAUCUCUUUUUCUUUUUUUUCAUUAGUGCUACUAUUACUGAUAAACGGUGCUUUCCAUCUACAGCAGAAAUAGUGACACAGUGUUACACAGUGUCGUAUAGUGUCAUGGUGCUUAUUGAAACGCAAUCGAUGCAGCUGAGACGCCAUAUUAACUAGAAUUCUGCGCCAUAUUAACUACAUGAAGGAAGAUUAAGGAGAGGGAACUACAUAGGCUGGGGAGAAAAAAGUUGGUCACGAAAAAUGUUCCGCGUACUGCCAUGUUCGUCCGAUGGAAGAACUAGGUCCAUAGCGUCGCCAUAUUGAAUGAUAUAUAUACGUACAUACGUGUCACUUUGCAUAUUGAAAAGUUAAUUGAUAUACAAGUACAGAAGUAUAGCAAUAACUUCUAUAAUUUUUAUAAUUUCAAAGAUAGUAUAGAUAAAAUAAAUUAGUAAAUAAAUGGCUUGUUGCGUGGAUGGCUGCAACUCCAGACGAGAUAAAAAAGGAUUAGAAAGAAAAAGUUUUUUUACACCUCACACAAAUGAAAAGUUUCUUUCUUGGUACGAGAUAAUGUCUGCUAGAAAUAAAAAAAUUAAUAAGAAUAGCAGAUUUUGCGAAUUGCAUUUCAAAUCAGAAGACAUUAUUAAAGAGGAUGCAUUUGUGCAAACAGAUGGUACAAUCAUUUAUGUACCAAGACAAAGACCAAAAUUAAAAGAAGGAGCAGUUCCUUCAAUUUUUUCAGAAGAACGGGUACCAUAUUUUAAUCACAUAGAACAUGAAAAGCAUGAAGGAAGAUUAACCUUCCUUCAUGAUGAAAAGAUUUCAAAUGAAUGUAACACCUCAGUUUUACAUUCAGUCAAAAAACCAGAUCCUAUUAAAUUUUCUGCUGAAGAUAUAAAUAUUGCAAAAGCUAUCGAGGUCCCAACAAGCCAUUGGUUUGUAAAUAUUGAUGAUGAGCAUAUGAUGUGGACAUGUUGGGCUAACGAUUUUUCACACAUUUUAAGACGUAUUAGUGUUACCACAAAUUUGGAAGUAAAGGCAUUUAUUGGAGAAAAAGAAGUUUCUUUUAACAAAAAGAUUCACAAUAUACAAGAAGUUAAACAAAUUUUAAAUAAAGUACAAACUAUGUUUCCUUGUGCAAAUAUUAAUAAUGAAAACAGAGUUACAAAUUGUCAAGGAUUUGUAAUUAUAAACCGCUACAGAGGACAGAAAAUGAGAUGUUCAGCCUGCACAAAAGGAUGGAAGAUACUGUUAAGACAAUCGCGUAAUAUAAUACCAAAUCAAAAAGUAAAAGAAUAUCAUAAUCAGAAAAAAAUAUCAUUUAAUAAUACAUAUAUAUAUAUAUAUAUAUAUAUAUGUCAUCAGGUUAUCAAGUUGUUUAAACUUUAAAAUUUAUAUAUUACUGUAUUCUAUAUAUAUAUAUAUAU